AUGCUUCAUUCGUUCCGUGAAUCGUAUUAUGCGGUCCGUGUUCCGAAUUCCGUGCGUAUUACUACUACUACUACAAUCAUAACAAAUUGGUGUCACGUGAUGGAGCUGGAAACCUUUGAGCAACUGAACCUGCAGCAGUUCAUCCAUCUUGGCUUAACCGCCAUUCGUGCAUUGAAAUAUUCUGUGUUGCUCCAUACAAGCACUAUGCCCAGUGUGCACACACGUCUACAGCACCUGAUUGUGACAUGUUCCAACAACACAGGAGGGAUGAACGUGCAGCCGGCCGAAUUGGAAGUUGACGGUGAGCCCAUUUUCCUGAAACGACUCGUAAUCCCCUAUGGUCAACGGGAAGGCGUGUUGAAGGCCCUUGGGAAAAUGGAGCGCAACGGCAUAAUCGCCAGAGUCACAUCCAGUGCGUGA